AAAGACGACAACAAGAAAGUUGCAUAAUGUUGCAAAAUUAUUUGAGCUGUUAAAGAAGAUGGUUUACACAUAUUUAUUUUUUUGCUUUUGGCUUUUAGGAGUUUUAAAGUUGACACAGCAGCAACAACAAUCAAAUAAUGUUACCAGCUCAAAAGCAAAUGGUGUGUCUGGUGUUUAUACAGAUGAAACAGAGAUGAUAUCAGUGAUGGAGGGAGAAUCUGUCACUUUACACACUGAUAGUGAAAUAUACAGAAAUGGUGUGAUACUUUGGACAUUUAGAUUUCACAAUUCAGAGAUUCGUAUCGCGCAGAUCUUUGAACGGACCAUCUCUAUAUAUGAUAGUGGUGAGAAUGAGAGAUUCAGAGACAGAUUACAGAUAGAUGAGAAAACAGGAUCUCUGACCAUCACAAACAUCAACACAUUACACUCUGGACUUUAUAAACUACAGGUCAUUAAUGGAGGGUUCAAACACAUGAGCUUUAGUAUUGCUGUCUAUGCGCUUUUAACUGUUCCUGUCAUCAGUGAUUCUCCACAAAACCCUUCGGUGUCAGAAAGAUCGUCAAAGCAGAAUUGUUCACUGGUGUGUUCAUCUGAGAAUGUGAGUCAUGUGACUCUCUCCUGGUACAAAGGAAUCAGUGUAUUGUCCAGCAUCAAUGUGUCUGAUCUCAGCAUCAGUCUCUCUCUACCUCUGGAGAUUCAGUGUCUGGAUGAUUCAUACAGAUGUGUGGUGUCUUAUUCAUUCACCAACAGAACUACACACCUCAACAUCACUGAUCUCUGUCACACAUGUGAAGGAGCCAGUCAUUCAUUUCUCACGGAGCUGAUAAUUGUUGUAUUGCUGGUAGUGAUCAUAGCGGGGGCUGUGCUGAUGUAUUGUUGCUGUAAAAACUACAAACGAGUGAAACAGGAAGCUCAGACAACCGAGGAAGAGGUCAGUUAUACUCAUACGACGUUUACCAGACACAUAUCUUCAGAUACGGAGACUAAUAGACGGGAUGACACAGAGUAUUCAAGAGUUGUUUUGAGAUGAUAACCACACAGACUGUUAUUGUACAGCUCAGUUAUUAAAGGACAGACA